AUGAGCUUUGGCGAUGUCUGGAAUGGGACCGAACCACUCGCCAUCAGUCAUGCUGGUGGCAAGUUCACUGACCUUGCAAGAGAGGUUUUGGGAGAUUUCUGGAAAAUCAGAAACAAUCGUGUUCGACGCGUGGAUCACCGUACUCGUCAUGAUCGUGUCCUCCGCAAAAACAAGGCAUUUACAGAACAGAUGCCUGUAAUGACCGACGCCUACCUUGCCUGGAGCCUCGAAAAAUCUAAGGAGAAGGUUAAGAGUUUUUUUGAGAGAUUGCUGAAUGCAGACCUGGAGAGGGAUUCGGACUACGGUCAAUGGUCAAUCAGUGUGAUUGACGUGUUCUACGCUGAGAAAGUAAGUCUUCGAAUCUUACCCACAGACACCACCAUCGCCUCUGCACUGGUUCGUCAAGGCGUGAUGCCAUGCUCGCCUAUAUCACCCACUGUAGGCAUUACAACAGAAGCCCUUGAGUUAUACCGUGUGGCACAUCUCAGAAGUCCUCAUCUGUCCAUCCAGGCCUUCGUGAAAACUGUGUGCGACUUGCAGGGGGUGGAAUUCCACAGACAUCUAUCACACCAAUUUUCUAUUGCAUUCGACCUGUACCUUCAAAUUCGACGCUCUGUGGCAGCCAUUGUAUCUGAAUCGCUUCAACGCGACUCACCUGACUGGCGCCUUAAGCAUGCGUGUCCGGCAUGCAUGUAUGAACUUAAUGAUGAAGAAAAACUAACAUUCAGACUACUAUAUGCCAUGGACGGUAACGACUCCUUAAAACGAGUCCUUCAGAGAUCUCUUGAUCAUCAUGCCGAUGACUCGCUGCCUCCUUCAUCCAAACUUCCCACAGGUCAACAAUUCACAAGCGAUCGAUACCUAUCUCGCACAUUUGUAGACCGGUAUUCUCGGGACUCAGACUCGGCACUAACUACCACUGCAGGUGAUGAGGAGGAUGCAGGUGCCGAUAACUCUUGUGCCAGACAGUGGAAAAAUAUGGAUGAUGCCAAAACGAAGAAGGCUUGGGGGAUAUAUGAUGAAACGGGUAUAUUCGUGGCAGUGUGCCGUCAUGGAUUUCUACUACUUGUUGCAGACAUGGUACAGAGUGGUGAACUUGCGAAGUAUCCGUUGGCUGUCGUUUCAAAGUUGCUGGACGUAUUUGGGACGCGAUUGGGAGGUGGGUAUGACAUUGGUUGUCAGUUCAAGACUACACUUGACAACAGCCCCCUUGGACCACUCGCACGUUCACUUCAACACACCUGCCUGGUUGGCGCCUUCCACGGCCAUGCCCACAGACGGUUAUGUCAACUUUUUUCACUUACAACCUACAUCAAAGGUCUGGGCCUCGAGGAUCUUGAAACAUGCGAGCGGACUUUCUCAAAAUCGAAUUCCCUGGCUUCAGCACUACGUUAUGCUAGCGUAUUUCAUCGCCAACAAGCUAUCGACUCUUAUUUCGAGCACAACGACGACUUCGAAGUGUAUGCUAACCUUUCCGAUUUUUUAUACAACAACUACAAGCAAGCAUUAGACAUUCUCCAUGAUGGUAAUGCAGCACUGCCAAAGCUUAUGCAAGAUCUGAAAGUUGGUGAUGCGAGCGUUUUCGAACGCUGGUUGGAAGAUGAAAAGGCCUAUCUUGUCAGUCUAACGCGGGAGCCUGUAGAAGAAACGCUCCAUAUGGAGUAUUGGCAGAGGCUGGUCAAUCUUGCAGCAAGCAGUGACGCUCUCGAUGCUGCAAUGGCAGCAUUCGAAUUACCUUCUCCCGCGGAUGCUGCAUUAUACGAGACGCAGGUCAGACGUACCCGCAAAGCUGAAAGUGCGCGUCGUCACGCUCAGGAAGACCAUGAGAGAAAUCUCAAAAUGGUGCAAGCACUGGAGUGCAAACUCGAAAUCAUGGAGCGGUGGGUUCCCAGAGACGUAGAGUGGCAGACUGCAGGAAGGCUGGUGGCUAACAGGAAGUACCAGCGGGCACUAGAUCGUCUCGAGGGUCUUAUCGUCGCUUGGAUCUUCAAACUGUCGAAGAUGAAUAGGGCAGGGACAGGCUAUAAACUACGAAAACAUAUCGCUAAGGCAUUACAGGUUCGCUCCGUCGCUAUCAGGUCAGCCCUCAACACAUACAAUAGUAUUGCUAGGAUGCUGUAUCCUCCCCGCUCAACACUGAAAUGGGAGGAGGUUGUUGACUACGCCUUUCUUGCCGACUUCGACCUCCUUCGUGACACACGUGUGGACAUCUCCGAGCGCCCUUGGUCAUCUGCUGCUGCUCGUAGCACAAUGGACCUCCACUUCAAAGUGUGUCGGGCGCGUGAGGAGAUCAAACGCCUCGAUAUUGAGGUGCGACGCCUGGUGACCUACAUACGGGAUGAAGAAAAUUAUCUACGGGAAUGUGAGGACCAGUUGAAGGAUACCAGCCCGGCCCUGGCACAUCAAAUCUCCAUCCACCAAAAUACUCGAGGACGCUUUAACUCACGACAUCUCAACCGGCUUCAUGAAAUAUCGAAGCUUCCAUAUUUCAGUGGGACGCUAACUCCUGGUGUAAGCGCUGACACAUGUCCCGGGGAGAGCGCGAGCAUACCUAAUGCGCAGAUCCCUGCCCGCAUGCUUGUUGAACCCCUGCCCAUUGAUCACACUGCAUCUGCCUUGGACCCAGAUACCCAGGAUGAUCUGGAUGAUGAAGAGGAGGAGGAGGAAGAGGUAGCAGAGCAAGCAUCGAGGAGUUUACAAGAUGUCCUCCUUGUUGCUGAUGACUUUUCACGCCUCGGAAUUCAUAGCGAUGUUGAAGAAGAGUAG